AUGCGAGAAAUGCGAAAAGGAAUGAAAGAAUUUAAAGAGCAAUUAUUAACCUUUUGCUUAAACGCUAAACAAGAAAAUAAGUUAAAAUAUUAUUUCCUAUCUACUAGUCUUCUUAAUUGUCAAAAACUACUAAAAAUAGUUCCAAGUUACGAUUUUUCCUCAGCCAUUACUAAUAUUUCCUCAACUGAAGUCAAAGAUUUAUUCCUCAGAGACUACCAAUUAGCGGAUGUCAAAUUUCUAAGCCGCUUGAAAAUUAGCAACUUAUUAAUUGUUACUCCUAGCAUUCUACAACAACAAUGGCAAAAGUCAGUGGAAGACGAACAAGAAUUAGUUAUUAUUAUUUCUAAGGAUACUUUUAAAAUCGAUAGUUCCUAUUUUAAGAAAUUAAAAAAAAAACAAGUGGCUAAUGUUCCUUAUUGUGUUAUCGUAGAUGAAGCCCACUUUCUCCGCAAUCAUCAAUCACAACAGAGCAAAAGUAUUUAUGUUCUUAAAGAUGCUCCCUAUAAAAUGGCUCUGACUGGCACUCCGAAACCUACUCUUCUUAUUGAAAAUUUGCCGAACAGUAUUUUUACAUCCAUAAAUCAGAAAUUCGUCGCGGAAAGAAAAGAAAAGUGGAAAGAUUAUCAACCCCUCGAAAUUUUAGCCAACUUAAAAACUCUGACCCUUUACCCACCCGCCUUGGGAUUUGAAGGGACGGAGCCUUUAGCAGAAGCCUUGGCAAAAAAAAAAAUAGCAACUGGUUUGAUUAUUGGCAAAACUAAUUUUCAAGAAAGAGAAGAAAAUAUUCGCCGAUUUCAAAGCGGUGAACUGGGCAUUCUUCUCUGUAAUAUUCAAAGUGCCGGAGUGGGACUAAACCUAAGUCGAGCCGAGACCAUUAUUUUUGCUGACCGCAGUUACUCGCCUGCUGAUAAUGAACAAGCCGAGGCUCGUUUUCUGCCUACUACUGGUAACGAGCCAUCUCAAGUCCGCUUAGUGAUUGAUCUUAUUUGUCAAGGGACUAUAGAUGAAAAAAUACUUCAACUGCUCAAAAAAAAAGAGGAUAUAAUUAGAGUUUUAAGCGAUAACCCUAGUUAUUUUUUUACUUAA